AUGUUCAAGCUCAAUGGCACAGUCUUCAUGCCCUCGGUGCUGACACUGGUGGGGAUCCCUGGUCUGGAGUCUGUUCAGGCCUGGAUUGGCAUCCCUUUCUGUGCCAUGUACAUCGUUGCUCUGUUUGGGAAUUCUCUGAUCCUGGUCAUCAUCAAAUCUGAGCGCAGCCUCCACGAGCCCAUGUAUCUCUUCCUGGCAAUGCUUGGAGCCACAGACAUUGCUCUCAGUACCUGCAUCCUGCCAAAAAUGCUAGGAAUAUUCUGGUUUCAUCUGCCCAAGAUACACUUUGAUGCCUGUCUCUUGCAAAUGUGGCUUAUUCACACCUUCCAGGCCAUUGAGUCAGGUAUCCUGCUGGCCAUGGCCCUGGACCGCUAUGUGGCAAUCUGUCAUCCUCUGAGACAUGCAACCAUUUUUACCCACCAACUUCUCACUCAGAUUGGGGUUGGGGUGACCCUCAGAGGAGCCCUUCUUGUGGCUCCAUGUCUCAUCCUCAUCAAAUGCCGGUUGAAGUAUUACUGGACCACUGUGGUCUCCCAUUCAUACUGUGAGCACAUGGCCAUCGUGAAAUUGGCAGCAGAAGAUACUAGAAUCAACAAGAUCUAUGGUCUGUUUGUGGCUUUCAGUGUACUUGGCUUUGAUAUAAUCUUCAUCACAGUAUCCUACAUUCAAAUAUUUAUAACUGUCUUCAGUCUGCCUCAGAAGGAAGCCAGGCUGAAAGCCUUUAACACCUGCAUUGCUCACAUUUGUGUCUUCCUUGAGUUUUAUCUCCUGGCUUUCUUCUCCUUCUUUACACACAGGUUUGGCUUCCACAUUCCACCUUACAUUCAUAUUCUUUUGUCCAACCUUUAUCUGCUUGUUCCAACUUUGCUCAAUCCCAUUGUGUAUGGUGUGAAGACCAAACAGAUUCGAGACCGGGUGUCCCACAUUUUUCAUUCUAAACAUGCCUCUGGAUUUCUUAUUAAUCUUUUAUCAAAUAACAAAAUUUUACAUGAGAAACAUUAG